AAAGCCAGUUCUUCAGUCACGUCUCGGCAGCGGACAGUGAAGGUUACCUGCUUCAACAGUGCUUGAACGGCAACCUUUUAACUGUCUAAAAUUCAUCACUCAGACCUAAAGGACAACAAAUCGCUUUCUGUCGCAAGCUAACUUGCUCGUUUUGCCAGCUACCUCUUAGUUUCGACCUUUUCGCAAACAAAGUCCGCUUCUGAAUUAAGAACAAUGACUUCCCAGGUGAGACAAAACUUCCAUCAGGACUGCGAGGCUGCAAUCAACAGGCAGAUCAACCUGGAGCUGUAUGCCUCCUACGUCUACCUGUCCAUGAGUUACUACUUUGACCGAGAUGACCAGGCUUUACACAAUUUUGCCAAGUUCUUUCGUAACCAAUCCCACGAGGAGCACGAGCAUGCAGAGAAGCUCAUGAAAGUUCAGAACCAGCGUGGAGGGAGGAUCUUCCUUCAGGAUGUCAGGAAGCCUGAACGGGAUGAGUGGGGCAGUGGUGUCGAGGCUCUUGAAUGUGCACUGCAGCUUGAAAAAAGCGUCAACCAGUCUCUUCUGGACUUGCACGCACUGUGCUCUGAUCACAACGACCCACAUAUGUGUGACUUCAUCGAGACCCAUUACCUGGACGAACAGGUGAAGUCCAUCAAGGAGCUGGCAGACUGGGUGACCAACCUGCGCCGCAUGGGUGCCCCACAGAAUGGCAUGGCAGAGUACUUGUUUGACAAACAUACACUUGGCAAGGAAAGCAGCUAAAUAUCUCCCGAUUCAUCUAUAUCUUGCUUUGUGUUUGAAAAUGUGAAGCCAUCUUUAUGCCUACAGGCCAGUAUGUUAGUAAUUUGGUUACUCAUCCUCCCACAUUACACUAAAGUGAACUUGUGCUCUCAGUGAUGAGCUGUGACAAAGCUUGCUGUUUCCUGCACCCCACCUCCCCUUUUGGGUAUUACCAUGUUUGCUUAACACCAUGCGCUGUCGGUCAGACCAAAUAAAUCAAACCACCUGAAA